UGAUGCUUUUAUUUAGGGAGCUACCUCCAAAGGGGAGAUAAGUUGUGUUCUGUGAAUAUCCCUAAGAGCUUCCCUAAGAGGAGGCUACCAGCGAGUUAUCUUCACACAUACAGGGGAAAAGAGGGGAACUCGGACAAUCGUGUUUGGUUGGGCAGUGGUCAGAGUAGACCCCAUAUCUCUGUCAAUAUUUGCAACAUGUCAAUCAUUAGCUGGUGGCUGUCCUUAGGGCUCCAGAAACCACCAUAGCCCAGAUCUCCAUAGAAGGGUACCUUUUUGACCUUUCUGCUUUAGAGUUCCUGUGACCUUUAGAGAGCCUUGGGACCCUCUGAAGUCCUUUAUUUCUUUCUCCCAUCAUGAUGUGGAAGUUCUCACUGGUGACAAUGCUCCUGGUCCUGGGCAUGGUCUUCCCCUGCAUGGCUGGAGCAGAGUCAGUGUUUUUGAGAAAAGUCGAAGCCACCAAGAUCUUGAGGCUACGGAAGAGAGAGAACCAAUUUCCAGAGGAACUGAAACAAGGGAACAUUGAGAGGGAGUGUGUGGAGGAGAGCUGUUCCUUUGAAGAAGCCCGGGAGGUUUUUGAGUCCCAAGAGAAAACGCUCUUUGUUAUGUGCUUGUUUCUGCAGAUGGAGUUCUGGUUCUACUACAAAGAUAAAAAUCCCUGCAAAUCAAACCCCUGUAGAAAUGGGGGGGUGUGUCAAGUAAAGCACUAUCAGAUGGUUUGCAUUUGCCCGCCCCGUUUUGUGGGGGAACACUGUGAAACUGAGCAACGCCAGUGCUGGUACCAGAAUGGCGGCUGCUGGCAGUACUGCCAGGAUCAGGAAUCUGGCGACGCAAGGUGUUCCUGUGCUGAGGGCUACACCAUAGCAGAGGAUGGGAGGAAGUGUGAAGAGGAAGCCUUGUUUCCUUGUGGGCUCAUCAAAGUGCCCAACACGAGAGAUCUUCAGGAACAAAUCUCCCAGGACAACAUGACAUAUGGGAACAUGUCCUGGGAUGUAACUGGAGAAGGGAAUUAUUGGAGCAAUGAGACAGAGGACAGAACCAAGAUCAUUGGAGGAUCUAUCUGUCACCGGGGAAAGUGCCCAUGGCAGGUCUUGAUCUGGAAUGAAAAAAAUCGUGACUUCUGUGGUGGAAGCUUAAUCAGCAGUCGCUGGGUGGUCACUGCUGCACACUGUCUGGAGAGCACAAAGCCACACUAUGUAACACUAGGUGAUCAUGACAAAUUUCUAGCAGAGCCAAGAGAAGAGAAGAUUGCCGUGAAGGAAAUUCAUAUCCACCCUUACUACGUCUUGGAGAACUUUGACAAUGACAUGGCCCUUCUCUACCUGAGCCGAGAUGUGGUUUUUAACAAAUACAUUCUUCCCAUUUGUCUUCCCAACCAUAAUCUGGGCAUGCUGCUAACUCAAGAAGGGAAGAUAGGGAUGGUGAGUGGGUGGGGAUCCACAUAUGACCAUGGUCCCACCUCCCGUUUCCUCAUGCGUGUGGAUUUGCAAAUGAUCAACAUGGAAACCUGCCGGAAAUCCACAAACAAGAUAAUCACAGAUAACAUGUUCUGUGCUGGUUAUGACGUGGAGGUGAAGGAUUCUUGUAAGGGAGAUAGUGGUGGGCCCCUGGCUGUGUUCUACCGGGACACAUGGUACCUGCUAGGUGUUAUCAGCUGGGGAGAAGGCUGUGCUGAAGAAGGCACAUAUGGUGUGUACACUCGGGUUUCCAAUUAUGUUUCAUGGAUCAGAGAGACCAUUGAAGCUGCAACCAAGGCCAGUGAUGUCACUCCAGCUUCAAAAUGAAAAAUAAUCGGACAGCUAGGUGGUGGAGUGGAUAAAACACCAGCCCUGGAUUCAGGAGGACCUGAGUUCAAAUCUGGCCUCAGACACUUGACACUUACUAGCUGUGUGACCCUGGACAAGUCACUUAACCCUCACUGCACUGCAAAAAAGGAAAAAGAAAAAAGGAAAAAGGAAACAUAAUCUGACCAAAGUAUAUCCAUCAAUUCAUGGUGGGAAGGAGGGCUCCCAAACCUGUUAACUUAGCAUGGAAAGCUGAGGAUACCUAUGGCAAGUGAAACUUCAUGCUCCCCAGUGUUGUUUAGUAAUUAAAAUAGCCUACAAAGGUAUCUAUUGUAAUUUGAUAACAGAUUUAUUUAAAAUGAUACUAUAGGGCAUUAUCUGGAAACAACUUACGUCACAAUUCAGAACCAACUGAGGUUAAAAAAAAACUGGAGGGAAGUAUGUCUCCCCUUCACAAACUGUCUUCUCCAUUAUGCUUAAAGGAAGCUUAAUCAGGAACAGGAAGGUAUCUCUGAGCUCCCUUAUGGGACAGUGGGUCUGCCAGGAAUUAUAUAGAAUUGAACUGAAUUACACUUGAAUAUCUAGAGGACUUUCUUGGUUUUCACAUCUUAAAUCUGAAUAGAUGGGCAAAUCUUUAUUAAAAUACCAGUGUUCAGGAAAGCAGGACAGCUUUGAAAGUAAUCCCUAAUGCGUGUGUAUGUAUAUACACACAUGCACACAUAUACAAAACAUGAAUGUAUAGACAUACAUGCAGUCACAAUGCAUAUAAAUAUAUACAUAUAUGCAUGCACACUGUAUAUGAUAUACAGUAUAAAUACAUGUGUGUACAUGUACAUCCAAAAUGUAUACCUAUAGGGUCAGCUAGGUGGCGCAGUAGAUCAAGCACUGGCUCUGGAGUCAAGAGGACCUGAGUUUAAAUCUGGCCUCAGACACUUAGUAGCUAUGUGACCCUGGGCAAGUCAUUUAACCCCAGUUACCUCCCCUGCCCCAGAUGUAUACAUAAACAAAUGUGUAUAUAUACUGUAUAUGUGUGUAUGUGCUAUACAUAAUUUGAAAUUUGCAGUUUCACAAAGAAUCUUCUUUUGCUGUGCUACUUUGUAUUCAAAAAUUUUCUUUUUUAUUGAUGGUGUUUUGUUAAAUUCAGAGUAAAAUAAACUAAAAAGGAGAAAGAUGUCAGUUAUUAACUCUUAGUUGGAGGACUAGAGCCGCUACUUACAUCCAUGUGAGUUCUCCCAACUCUCUGAGACGUGAUGAAAAGUCAUGACCAAACCUGAGAAAACAAGUACAUGUAGUCAUUAUAUGACAAGGAAAUAUGAGGAGCAACUGUCUACAUGGGGAUAGAAAUAUAAGCCAAGAGCAACAUAAGAGACUUAAAUUUCAAAUCAGACAGGCAAACUCUUCUGUACCCGCCUACACCAUUUAAGUCCCAACUAUUCCUGUAAAACACAAUUAUAGACACUCAGUGGAUUCUUACUGUCAAUGUCAGUCAGUUAAUAAGCAUUUAUGAAGCACCUACUAUUUACCAGGCACUGUGCUAAGUAAUGGGGAAAGGAAGAAAAGCAAAAGACAGCCCCUGCUCUCAAAGAGCUCACAACUAAUGGGGAGGCAAUAUUCAGACAAUUAUGUAUGAACAAAAUAUGUACAGGACAAACUGGAGAUAAUCAAGAGAAGGAAGGUGCUAACAUUGAGGAUCAGAAAAGGUUUCUCAUAGAAGCUGGGAUUUUAGUGGGGACUUGAAGGGAGCCAGGAAGGCCGAGAUGAGGAGGGAAAGCAUU